AUGUCUACUUCCUCAAAGCCCACCCAAUUCUCCCAAGAUUUACUUGAAAACUUUCACCCAAGAAAAUUUCUCCUACAUUCCUCUCUUUACCAAACAGAAGCCCCCGCAAUUUCGCCAGCACCAGAAAACAGUUAUGCCAUCACGAACAACUUCGAUACAAAUGUCCUCAUUGUGAUAUCGAUCCUCAUAUGCAGUUUGAUUUCCUCUUUGGGGUUAUUCUGUAUUGUCAAGUGUGCACUUAAAUGUUCAAGUUUAGUUGCUGCUGAACCUGAUGCGAACCCUCCAUCAAAGUUAGCAAAUGAAGGAGUUAGGCAGAAAGCUUUACAGACCUUCCCAACUGUAAAAUACACAUCCGAGUUGAAACUACCAGGCUUAGACACGGCAUGUGUUAUAUGCUUGUCAGAAUUUGCUGCUGGGGAGCGUUUGCGGAUUUUGCCAAAGUGCAACCACGGAUUUCAUACUCAUUGUAUCGAUGAAUGGCUUAGCGCGCAUUCUUCAUGCCCUACAUGCAGGCACUGCCUGACUGAAGCAGACCAAAAGACUGUUAACUGCAGUCAGGCAGACUUAUUGGAACAUUCUCUCCCAGUGCAGGAAAGCAGGCACAUGGCAGAGAACUAG